AUGCGCUCUGAUGUGGACCGCGUGAGGGCGGCGGAGGAGAAGGAGGCGGCGCGGCACGCCGAGGAGCUGCUGGCGGAGGUCGAGGCGGAGAAGCGCGCCAAGGGCAAGAAGGGCAAGAAGAAGAAGAAGAAGGGCGGCGGGGCUGGGCCGUCGCAGGAGCCCGAGGAGGGUGCCGAGGCGCCGUCGGAGGCAGACGCAGCCGAGGCGGCGAAGAAGGCCGAGGAGGCGAGGCUUCUCCUGCUUCUCGAGACGCUCACCGAGGAGAGGAUGCGGUUCGGCAUCACGGCGGAGACGUCGGCGAGGCGCGCCUCAGGUGCCGCUGCGAGGGCCAGGGUGCGGGAGGCGGCCUAG